AUGGCUCCAUUAAACGGUGAUCACGCUGAAAACAAUCCAAUCCUUGUUCAAAGUCCCGACCAUCAAGCCCCCGACAGGAAAGCACCUGACGCACAAACAUAUGCCUCUCCUCCGUCUGUCAGAGACGAGAAUACCCCGGCUGCAUGGGGGGUUGGAUGGCGGUGUCCAACCCUGAUGGUUGCAUUUGUUGUUUGUGGCGCGAUGUUUUCGAUGGGACAUCACCUCUACUACCGCAGUCUCGACAACACCCUCGUUCACUCGGUCGACCAACAAACAUGGGCAAUUCGAAUCGGAACUGGCUUUGCCUUCCUGGUCAAAUCCUUUCUGGUAUCUGCUGUCGGGAUUGCAGCGGUGCAACAGAUGUGGGCUACCCUCCAUCGGAAGUUUGUGAAACUCCGCGGGAUUGAUAGCAUGUUUGCCGUCCUUACCAGCCCAAUUGCUUUGCUCAGCCCCGAUCUCUGGGUGUGCGCGAAGACCCUCAUUCUACUCGCAGUUAUCUCCUGGCUUAUCCCAUUAACGGCUAUUGUCACACCCGCUACUUUAUCCAUCAACCUCCUGCCAACCACCAAUAUCACCCAGCUCCGUGUUCCGACAGUGAACUUCGUUCGGUCCUUCUGGCUCCCUUGGGUAACCUACGGAGGGGCAGGGUUUAUUUCAUCGCCCUCGGCAGACAUCAGCCGCCUGUUUACAGCUAUCUCCUCAUCUGCCGAAGUACUCCCCAUCUCCGCACCUUUCCCAAACUCGUCUUACACCCUAGAAUUCUGGGGCCCUUCAUACAAAUGCCAGAGAUUGAGUGAAGCUAUUGUGGAAAUGCAGGGCAUGACUUUUACUGAUUACUUGGAUAAUGAGUACAGUUCCUUGCAGAGACUGUGGGAGCACGACAUUGGAACUCCGACAAACCUGAGUCGCGUUGUGUACACAGGGACUGCUACUACUGCCCUUAACAACACACUUUUUGUGUAUGCCGCAGGGUCAAACCCGCUAUGGAACGAGAACGCCACACAACCAACCGAGCUUGUCUGCCAGCUUUGGAAUACCUCCUAUGUGGUAGAUAUGCAGUUCAUUAACGGUGUCCAUUCUCUGACGCCUGUAUCAACGGAGCUCGUAGCUCCCUCUAAUUGGAGCUCAAGUUCUGGUUCAUACUCUACAUUCCGAACUCAAGAUCCAACGGUUAACGGGGGCUACUACGUGAUGCACAUGCUAUUCUCUGGCCUUGUCCAACGAACCAUGUCCCUCAGCGCUACUGGAUCACUGUCAAACUUUUUGCCCUCCAACCUACCAUUCAAUACAAUGUCAAUAAUGCAAACCGGCCUUUUUUCAUGUCCAGAUCUGUGGAAUGGUACUAAUUACCAAAUGUUCGUUCUUUCAGGUAACCAGUCAACCACUCUGUGUCGGAAUAAAACAUUAGCCCGAGCAAUAGAAGAUCUCUCGCACAACUUCACCUACAGCCUCCUCAGUCUCAAUGCUGCGAAUACCAGCAUACCCGUGACUAUCUCGUCACCACAGAAUUUCUACACCUACGACAGCAGAAAUCUUCUUGCGGCUUAUAUGUCUGCUCUGGGCGUGACUGUUGUAUGUGUUAUCGUCGGAUUCUUUGCCUUGCGCGAGAACGGCGUUUCUCAGAGCACCUCCUUUUCCAGCGUGCUCAUGACAACACGAAAUCCUGAGUUGGAUGACUUGGCCAAAGGACAUUGUCUGGGAUCUGAUCAGUUGUCAAAGGAGAUUGGUGACGUCCAGUUACGAUUUGGGGAGAUUGAGGGAUCUGAGCAGUACAAGCGUGCGGCAUUUGGAACCAAAGAGUCCGUGACUACUCUAUCUAAGGGGAAAGAGUAUUACUAG